ACUCCUCGUCAUGUAAUGAUAUUACGGUCGUGAUAUUAUGUGCAGCAUCCUCAGCCUUAAUCGGAUCACGGAAAGGUCUUAAAAAAAAUGAAAAAACAACCUUAGAAUCCCAGAAGUUAAGAAGCACUAUCUGCACCCGAUUCAAUUAUUGGCCAAAAAUUUGAAGGUUCUCUUUUGUGCUUUUCUGGAGAAGAAGAUCAUGUGUGGUUUAGUAACGAAUCUGCAUCUGAUUGUAAGGCGCAUAGGGAUAUUAAUAAUAAUAUUCACAAUGUCUGCGGAAUCGAUGCGUUUCGACCUCAAAUCAGGCGCCACAAAAUGCAUAUCGGAGGAAAUCAAGAGCGACGCCAUGACCGUGGGCAAGUACCACGUCGUCUAUUCCAGUGAAGGCUUUCCCGUCCCCGAUACCCACAAGAUCAACGUCAGGGUCAAUUCGCCUCACGGUCAUAGUUAUCACUACGAGAGUCAAGUGGAAUCCGGUAAUUUUGCGUUUACUGGGGUUGAAGCUGGUGAUUACAAAGCUUGCUUUUGGACGCCUGAUCAUAAACCUCCGGUGACAGUGGUGGUUGAUUUUGAUUGGAGAACUGGCCUUGCUGCAAAAGACUGGUCCAACGUUGCUAAGAAAGGCCAGAUUGAAGAAAUGGAACUUGAGUUGAAGAAAUUGUAUGAGACUGUCUCAUCCAUUCAUGAUGAGAUGUUUUAUCUUCGCGACAGGGAGGAAGAAAUGCAACAACUCAAUAGAGCAACCAACUCCAAGAUGGCUACCUUUAGUUUCCUCUCGCUUGUGGUUUGCUUGUCAGUAGCUGGUUUGCAGUUAUGGCAUCUGAAGACAUUCUUCCAGAGAAAGAAGGUUAUCUAAUUUGGCCACCAAAUUCCUUUUUUUGUAUUUUCUUUUAAUGUUUCAUAGGCUAUAUAUCAUCACCAAUCCAUUUGUUGGACUAGUCGUACUACUUGCAAAACUUGUUUUAAGCAAUUCAAGGUAAGUCCCUCUCAUCUUUUUGAGUUCAUGCGGUUGAUAGUUUUGUAGAAAACAACCUAUUUUCAAAAUGCGAAAAUUUGACUUGUUACGAUCUUUGGAUUUC